AUGAUCAUGAUUGCGUGCGGGCUCAUCAUCUUCUUCUACAUCCUUGUCCGACACACCUCUUGGCUCAAUUUCAAAUUCCUCAAGUCCCUAGUUAUCACAGUCAGCCACAUAUACUCGCUCGUGUUGGCCUUGUGGCUUAUGGCUCACGGCCUCAUAUAUCUUCCGCGACAUGAAUGGGAAACAUCUGGAAACUACUCAAACCAACUGCACAAGAUGUACCUUAAAGUUCCAGAGAUAAAUGAACAGCUAGAGGAUACUAAAUUUGAGCUUCGAGAGCUCUGCGGAAAAAUCAAGACUUUGAGCCAUCUCGAUAAUCUUGAGUACAGGGACUGGAUUCUCAAGCUUGUGGGCUCCAUCCCUCCAGAGUUCAACGAAAUGGUUCAUCAUGGUGUCGAACCGUUCACCAACUCAGAGCUGAAUACGAAACUUCUAAACAAGCUCUCUAAAAAGCUAAAAGAGCUGAAAUGGAAAUACAACCAUAGCACUAUCGAGCUCCAAAUCACCGUAGAGAAGGUGAUAGUGCUGGAAGACAAAGUAAACGCCCAACUGCUCGGCGAAUACCACCCAAGACUGGAAAAGCCAUUGAUUUCGAGCCCAAAAGUCAACUACUACCUUUACCAAUACGUCAGGCCCCAGUUGGGAAAACUUCUCUCGCUAUGUCUGAUUGUGCUCUCUGCUGUCAUCGUCGAAUCAGAAACGCUUCACGGAUUCCAGUUCUCUUUGAUCAAGCACUUGAUAGCUGCCAUCACAAAAAAUGCCACCAAAAUAUACAUUCAAAUCUUCACGGUGUGUUUUCUCGUUCUGACAUACAUGCUCGUUUGCGCCAUGCUAUCACUGUCACAGGUCAAAAUCUUCAAUAUCUACCACAUCGAGUCCAACCAGUCGUCGGACCCAGUGUCGAUGAUUUUCUUCAUCAGCUACGCGUGCCGGCUGACCAUCCCCUUGAGUUACAACUUUCUGAUGCUGCUGGACGCCAAAUUCACAACCAACUCCUCGUUCCAGCUCUUUUUCGGCAACUCCAUUCAGCUCAUCUCCUUGGGCAACUUCCUCAACGACCUGCUCCCUCGGCUCAUCAUCAUCCCUAUACUGCUUACAUUGUUCAGGUUCUGGGAAAAGGCAAAAGCUUGGCUCUCGAGUGUUUUCCUGUUUGAUUACCUAAUCAGAGAACUGGACUUUGAGGACGACGAUCUCGACACAGCGGACAACACUGGCGAUAUUGAAGGACGGCCUGGAUCGCAGGCUACGCGGGAGAAUGCACGGGUCCAUGAAAGCAAACAGAUUAUACAGCGUCUUCUGAACUCGGACCAACGCUUUCUGAGCACCCCAAUCAGGCCGUUGACUCUCUCGAACAACCCAGCUUCUCACGAGCCGCCGCUAACGUCUCUCCGCAGUUUUGCCAGCCGUUUGCUCUCACGGUUCCCUUUCCGCAGCCCAGCUUCUCAGUACGAAGGGCUGAGAACAUACAAUCUGAGUCUGGGCACCGACACCGGUAGCAGACGAACUAGCACCGAUACGGGCAUCUCGCUCAACACCAACAUCUCGUUCGACAACGACAAUCGACUGCUUCGGGACGACGAUAUCAUGCUUAUCGACGAGGACGACGUCUCGGAGAUAUAG